AUGGUCUCUUGCAUCUCCCCCACUAACGUCGAGCAUCAGCGUCACGCUGACCAGCAAACGGGUGGCAAUUUGGAUACCGUACUAACAGUACCGAAUGUUGCACACAGUAUGCGUCUGUCUACCGGUUUGGCCGCCUCGGAGGACGUCGACCGUCUAAUGUGGCAAGCGCUACUGCCAAACAGCGUGGCGUAUCUAUUCGGUCUACGUAACCUCCGCCUUCGCGGAAGUCUCCCUGAGGUGAGAGUCUCCAGUCUGAGCCCGAUUAAAAGGCACUCCAGAAUAUUCAUCGAGCUGUACCUCACUCAAAAUAGCGUCGAUUCCGGGAACAAAACGUUUUUAGGCGGGAUGUCCUUUGACUUGCAACAUUUGCAAGACAGAAUGUUAGCUGGAACGUUUCCUGCCUCAUUCGGAAUUCUUCCCAACCGACCACGAAGUGUCACUCUGCAGAAUGAUUGUUCACAUCCCCUCAGCACACUUUCGGACGGAAACUCAGUCAAAUCUAUCUCGAGUCUUUCGAUCUCCCAAGAACGGACACUGUCGGCACCCAGCUGGUACUACUUGUUCAGUAAACCCAAUUCAUAUCGGCGGCAUAUGAUGGUACCAUCUGACCUGAAGCCUUUGAGACCACUUAACGGUCUGCGGAAAGUGGAACACCAAAAGGAUAAUAAAAGCGAGAACAGCGCUUCGGAUCAACUGUUAAGCAAUCACUCCUAUCAAAGUGUAAAUACGGCAGCUUCCGUCAGAAGUGAAUUGAAUGGAAUUACCAGGUCCUCAUCAAAUCAGCAGAUUUUGAUCAUCACUAUCCCUCCAUCAGACGCUGGCUACGGAUUCACUCUGAGGUCCAGCACUGAUUGGUCAACAUCACCAAUUAAUCGGUGUCAGAGUAGCACUCCAAGAUCGUCGUCAACCACGAUGAAUGUAUCAGACUCUGAGAAGCCAGUGAAUGCCCACUCGAAAAUAUGCGUUUACCAUGUUCAGGAUGGAUCACCUGCUGACCAAGCUGGGCUUCCUGUUGGAGCCUACCUUGUUGAGAUAGAUGGCGAAGCACUGGAGCAGUCCACAACUCUCAAACAAGCAGUUUGCCGCCUUCGCCGGUCAGCGAGCAAACAUCCUCAAGGUGCUGUAACCAUCGGCGUGGAGUUACCACAGCAACCCCAUCCUCAGACGGGUAACCUCACUGCCAACAACUGUGUUCCAGUUGCUUGCGGAUCUACCCUAAUCUGUGAAGAACGGUGUAUUGAUCCGGUGGAUCCUGUGGAAUCCAAUAGUUCGGGACGCCGAAAGCGUUUUUUCAAAUUGGCUCAUCCAAUCCUGCAGUUGAAGUGGUCCGAUGUAACAGCCGAGGAGGCACUACGGCAGUGGGCGAUAGCUGACCUACUGAGCAAUGGAAGCCGCCUUGUAAACGAGCUGUUAGCUGGAGUACGAGUCUAUCUGGUGAAACUUCGGGAAGCCGGCUAUCUGGAUAGGAAGGAGUUGAAUCUAAUUUUUCGAAACAUGACUGAGAUCACUUCCAUGGCUUCCAAGCUGUUUAGAAGUUUGAAUGAUAGCUGUCUGCCAUACACAAAGACUGACGAUCAACCAACACUCCCCUCCGGAAAACUAUCUCUUUCCAAUGGCGGGACGUGGAGCACACCGUCUGAACGCAUCGCUAGCAAAGCAGUCAGGAUUCUCAAGAGAAUUCGUAGGAGUUUGGUGGGUUCCCGUUCUAACAACGAAAUUGGUGAGAAAAAUGACUCAAACAAACCUCUGAAUGGUGUGGAUUCGUCAGUUUCAUCUUCUCGCACCAUUCUCACGAGAUCUGCCUCCGAAAACGCUCUGACCCGCAUUAACGUCGUCAUGAGUGGUAAGGAAAACGAAGACACAAAUACCACUGACUAUCCGAUGCGAAUACUGGCACCACCGCCACAUGGGCACCUCGAUAAGCCUGGUUGUUUAACCCGACCGUUUCUGAAGUCACUUCUGGACGAAUGUGUCAUGUAUUCGGUUGACUAUCUCGACCGACUACGAUACCUACAGGAAUUACGCAGAGGCUCCACGCAGUUACGAGAAUUCUUACGUAAGCAGUCAAUGGUGCCUGGAGUUCCAACUUUGUCAAACUUCCUUAUGUUACCGCAUGAACUCACCCGUCGUCUGAUGGUUGAUCUAGAGAAGGUCAAACGCCACACGGGGCCCCAUCAUGUUGAUCAACAAGCUUUGGACGAAUGCGUGUCACUACUACGUGACGUGGUUCUAAGCCCAAACGUCGAGAAAUCCCUUCUAAGCACCUCUGGUUCAAGUAGAUCAGCACACCUAUCUCGCCGAAACAGCGUCCCUGUGGAUAGCAACUUUCCUACGGACUCCAUGGAACAAACUGGGACACCACAUCUUACCAUAUCGAAGAUGACUGAACCUCCGGAUGGCGGUACUCAUACUCCACAAACCGAUACAGAACUCGGGCGGUUAGCACUUCUCGUCCAGGAACCACUUUUUCCUUCCGGUCAACAAUCUGAUAUGGCUUCUGUUCACAUGGAACCCCUCCGUAGUUCUUGUUUGAUAAUAUAUCGUGGUCUCCUUGAGUGCAUUAUCGACAGCUACGCUAGGACAGAUAGAGAGUCCGAAGGCAAAACACUGUAUACCGGUAAG